ACGCUCUCAAUGCAGAGCUUAUUGGUGACUAUGCUUCCGCUUGCCAGCUUUAUUUGAAUGCACUUGCCUCUGAGGAUGAGGAUGUUGAUAACAACGAGGUCAGAAUGUGGGAGGAGGGCAGAUUUGAAUGUUUUGUCAAGUUGUCACAGUGGGAAAGUCUAGCCGACACUGUGCUGGUCGACAUCGAUAAAAAUCUUAAUAAACUCUGGGAGGACGAAUAUCAGGACCCAUAUCUUCAAUACUUUAUGCAAAGCAUGUUUAAGUUAGCUCACGGAACUGAAGAUCAUGAUUUUCAUCGUCAAAAUUUUUUGGAUUUUAUCGAAGAUGCCAUGACUGACUCUGAGCGUAAGACACUUCUUGUUUCUCAGUAUCCAAUAG